CCUAACAAUCAGCUGUGAAUUGCAAUUGAAACAUCCAAUCUACAUUUUUGGAUUGAAUAAACAAGCCAGAUAACGUUUUAGCAAGCACUUAUCGUGAGAUCUCACCUUCUAGCAAGUACGUGGCCGUGUGGUCGUAAACGCAACAACUAACUAAAACCCAAAACCCCAUAAAAAACAGUGCGACUGCUGCGAACAGUGCGAAGAAUGAGCCAGGGACAGCCAGAUGUGCAGCUUUCAGCUUUGCGCCUGAAGUACCACGAGCGCAAGGAUGCCUUUCUGGAGGAGAAUAUCAAGAUAAAGAAUCCCUUUUGCGUCUUUCGCGACUGGUUGGAGCUGGCUCUAAAGACGCCGGAGAUCCUCGAGCCCAAUGCGGCAGCCUUGGCCACUGUGAAUACCGAGGGAAAGCCCUCCAAUCGCUUUGUUCUGGUCAAGGAGGCCACCGCCGAGGGAUUCACCUUCUUCACCAACUACGGCAGUCGCAAGGCCGACGAGAUUUUGGCCAAUCCAAAUGUGGCCAUAUCCUUCUACUGGAUGCCCCUCCGGCGCAGUGUUCGCAUCGAGGGAGUGGCAGAGAAAAUCUCCAAGGAGGACUCUCUGAAGUACUUCCAUGAGCGGCCAAGGGCCAGCCAAAUCGGAGCCGCUGCCAGCCCGCAAAGUCAGCGCAUUCCCUGCAGAGGCUACCUGGAUGAAGUGGAGGCCGGUAUCAAGGCCAAACUAGGACCAGACGGAGAGGUGCCACUGCCCAAUUGGGGUGGCUAUCUGGUGCGUCCCAAUCUCAUAGAGUUCUGGCAGGGACAGACGGAUCGCCUGCACGAUCGCAUUCGCUUCAGGCGCGGCGAUGGCGUGCAGUCGGAGGUUGAUGGCAAGCUGGUGCAUGGCGGAGAGGAUGGUUGGAUCUACGAGAGAUUGGCUCCUUAGGCAGAGAAAAAAACCACUUGAAUAGCUAAGUUCCAAAUGCAUUCGUAAUGUCUUCCAAAGCGCUUAGAGGUAGCAAUUGAAUUGUCAUUAGAAAUAUGAAAAUAUGAAAUUUAAAAUCAAAA